CCAAUUUUGGCUCACCACCGCGUGCGCUUUCCCGGAACACUCCCUCCCCUCUCCAAUACAAAGCGCGAAGGCGGCACAAGCGGUACUGCACCGCAGUCCCCACAGCGCAAAGCGCCUCUGCCUCCUCCUCCUUGUCCCUGUCGCUCUCACUACCGCACUCUGCUCUUCGCUACCCAACACGCGCACCAGCCAGCCACCAGCCAGCCGAACCAAGAAACGCAGAGGGCAUAGCAGGAGAGGGAGAGGCGGCCGAGAAACGGAGAAAGCCGCAGGCUUUGGCUGCUUGGGCUGGGUGGGAGUGGGAGUGGGAUACAGAGCCAUGGCUCCGAGCUGCUACGACGUGGCCGCGUCCAUGCUCCUCUGCACCGAGGACAACAGCACCAUCUUGUGCUUGGAGGAGGAAGAGGAAGUUGUGGAGUUGGAGGGGAGAAAGAGAGGCCGGUCGCCGGACGGGGACGAUUUCGGCGUGGAUUUAUUCCCGCCGCAGUCGGAGGAAUGCGUGGCCGGUCUGGUGGAGAGGGAGCGGGAGCACAUGCCGAGGGCGGACUACGGCGAGAGGCUGCGCGGAGGCGGCGUCGACCUCUGCGUCCGUCGGGAGGCCAUCGAUUGGAUUUGGAAGGUUUACACGUACUACAGCUUUGGUCCUCUUACUCUCUAUUUGGCUGUGAACUAUCUUGAUCGUUUCCUUUCACAGUACGAGCUGCCGGAAGGCAAGGAUUGGAUGACACAACUGCUCUCGGUGGCGUGUCUUUCUGUUGCCGCCAAGAUGGAGGAAACUGCUGCCCCACAAUCUCUGGACCUUCAGGUCGGAGAAGCACGGUACGUGUUUGAGUCGAAGACGAUCCAGCGAAUGGAGCUUCUUCUUCUAAGCACCCUCAAUUGGAGGAUGCAGGCUGUGACCCCUUUCUCCUACCUGGACUACUUCCUACACAAGCUCAACGCCGGCAAUGCCGCGCCAAGAAGCUGGUUCUUCCAAUCGGCGGAGCUCAUCUUGUGUGUAGCCAGAGGAACUGGCUGCAUAGGGUUUAGACCCUCUGAGAUCGCCGCUGCAGUGGCAGCCGCCGUGGUCGGACAAGUGUACGCCGCAGGCAUUGAAAAUGCCUGCAAUCAUGUCGAUAAGGAGAGGGUGUUGCGAUGCCAGGAAGCGAUCCAGUCCAUGGCGUCCUCCAUUAACACUGUACCGCCUAAACCUGCAAGCGGCGGCAGAGCCUCGCCUGUGCCGCAGAGCCCUGUAACGGUGCUGGACGCUGGCUGCCUGAGCUACAGGAGCGACGACACAAUAACUGCUGCUUCACUUGGAAGCUGGGGCUCCUCCUCGCUUACCAGCAAGAGGAGGAAAAUUAGCAGAUGAUGGACUGAUCAUGGCCGGUCAAAGUGCCCAAUGAUAAUAGUGACUAGACCAACCUCCUUUUUUACCGAUCAUCUCAUCUUCAAGGAAAAGUCAAAUGGCUUCGAUUGCAACGACGGUGCUGCUGUAUGAAAGAGCAUCGGCAAAAGAAGGGGAUCCGAAAAGGAGGGAAUUUUGACGUGACAAGAGAGCAAGAAGUUGAUGAGUAAAGAUGUGAGGUGGACAACACCUAAAUUGCUGAGCUUUUUUGCAUGAAGGGUAGACAGCCAGCACAACCUUGGUGCGCCACAAAGAGCAACACCAAAGCUUUGGAGCAACACAAAGCUGGUCCAAGAACUAGGCCCUGACCUGCCUUUGUAGCUGUAGGAGUCUCUGCUGAAUCUGUACUGGUUUCUAUUCUUUUUUUUUAAAAAAUUUCAUUUGUGAAGAGAAAUGUAGGAGACCAGAGUAGCAAUGCAUUUUGUGACAAAAAUGUGAUCUAAA